AGCACAGUGUGCAUGCAUAAUACACUCCCUGCAUUGGGCUCCAAAGGCUCAACGUACGUACGGUUUAACACACUGGAAUACAAAAUGAGAAGGCACUAGUACCAGCGCCAUCGUACACGACGUGAGGGCAAUAAUUCCAUUCCACCGGCCUCCGGUUUUCUUGUUUUUUUCUUCGCCACCACCGUGGCUUUGACCCACUUGUAUGCGUGGGACCGUGGAGGAAUAUUCAUGACCGUGCCCCAGUGGAACAAGAGCCAGUUCGCGACCGUCUCCGUCACCAGUGGAGGAGGAAAAAGGACCCCAGGACGACGGCCCAAGAAGAUAGAAGUGUUGGGGAGUUGGGACCAGUUUUGAGAUAGCAAGAGGAGAUAGUUGGUGUCGUGUGGUGUAGGCCUACAUGUGUGCGCUCAACCUGAACCCGUUCACGUAUUAAAAAAGAAGAAAACCAAAUCAAGCGUGGUAUACACUGCCUUGGCUGUCUCCUCUAAAAACACAACAAAAAAUAACCCACGCACCACCACACAGUGUGGCCGUUGGCGUUUAGUCAACGGUGUCUUUGUUCGGCUACAUUGAUAAAAGGUAGGCCUUGUCAUCAAGUCAUGCCGACAACAUGUGGUUUUCCUAAUUGCAAGUUUCGUUCACGCUACAAGGGAACUGAGGACCCGCGGCAUUUUUAUCGCGUGCCCAAGCGCCCCACCGUACUGCGAGAGCGGUGGCUCGAGGCGAUUGGUCGCACAGAAGAAACAAUAGUCGGUCAGUUGCGGAUCUGCAGCUGUCACUUCCCCGGGGGCGAGAAGAAGGAAGGAGACGUGCCUGUACCAGACCCAGAGAUAGACCCGCCUGUCACAGUGGACGUCAGUACACUCAACAACUCUAGGCCUCGUUCCCCUAUGGACAAAAAGAAGACCAAACGCCCUAGAAUGUCUGUAGAUAGGAUUGUUGAAGGAAUCCGUCACCCGGCUGCUGCCGUGACCAGCAACAACCCCCAGCCUCUCCCGCCCCGCCCCUUGGUGGCACUUUUGGACGGCCGGGAUUGCAGCGUCGAGAUGCCCAUUCUCAAGGACGUGGCUACUGUGGCAUUUUGUGAUGCGCAGUCCACAAACGAAAUCCACGAAAAGGUGCUUAACGAAGCUGUGGGAGCGCUGUUGUAUCACUCCAUUACACUGACCAAAGAAGAUUUGGAGAAGUUCAAGGCUUUACGGAUCAUUGUUCGCAUUGGCUCUGGCUACGACAACAUCGAUAUCAAAGCGGCAGGAGAUUUAGGAAUGGCAGUGUGCAACGUACCAGGCUAUGGUGUGGAAGAAGUGGCCGAUUCCACACUCUGCAUGAUCCUCAACCUGUACCGCCGUACCCACUGGAUGGCCGAGAUGGUCAAGGAAGGCAAGAAGCUACUUGGGGCUGAGCAGAUCCGGGAAGCUGCUGUAGGGGCCACCAGGAUCCGGGGGGAAACCUUAGGGAUCAUUGGACUAGGUCGUUGUGGUACAGCGGUAGCCCAGAGAGCUAAGGCGUUUGGGUUCAACAUUCUUUUCUACGACCCGUAUCUAGCAGACGGCAUAGAAAAAUCACUGGGUCUCACUCGCGUCUACACACUGCAGGACCUCCUGUUCCAGAGUGAUUGUGUGACGCUUCACUGCUCGCUCAACGAGCACAACCAUCAUCUCAUCAACGAAUUCACAAUCAAACAGAUGCGGCAGGGAGCUUUCUUGGUCAACACAUCGCGGGGCGGCCUGAUUGACGAGACUGCCCUGGCACAAGCCCUGAAGGAAGGCCGCAUCCGGGCGGCGGCCCUGGAUGUCCACGAGAACGAGCCCUUCACCUUCUCCAUGGGCCCCCUCAAGGACGCCCCCAAUCUCAUCUGCACCCCGCACAGCGCCUGGUACAGUGAGCAGAGCAGCACGGAGGUACGGGAGAGCGCUGCGGGUGAGAUACGGCGGGCCGUGACAGGCCGGAUACCCCACAGCCUACGCAACUGCGUCAACAAGGAAUACCUCAUCCCAAGCAACCAGUGGACGGAAGUGGCCGCCCAACCCCCUGAACUGAAUGGCUCAACCACUUACCGAUAUGCGCCUACUGCACAGGUGGUGGUUCCACAACCCACGCAGCCGGCCAUGGAGAAUCACGGUGUGUCAGCCCUCAUGCUUACAUCCAAUCUACAUGCCGAUUCUACAUUGACCCCUACACCAAAAGCAGACGGAGACCAAUGAAAGUGGGGAACCAAUUAGUAAAUUAAAUAGAUCACGCCAUACUUGCUUCAGAAAAAAAUUAAAUACAAAUCAAAGACAGCCACUUUUUCCCCAUCUUCCAGAUUAAUAAAACAACAGCGGUGUGUAUAUUGAAAACCAUUUUUAAAGGUAAUAUUGCUUCCUGUGUCACUCCUCCCCAGACUGUUGGUGUGCAGUGGCUGUUGAUUUGCCAGAGGCAAAAGUCGUGCUGUCACCAACGUACCCACCAACUUCAUCCUCUUUGUAUUCAUCCAUCCAGUUAAUCGUCAGUUUUUUAUGGAGAGAGAAAAAAAGUUGUGCAUGUGAUGUUUUUAUUAUCAACUUUCAAAAGGACAAAAAAAAAAAGAAAAGAAAAAAAUUCUGUGCAAGAAAGUUCUUGAAUGUGAUUGUGUACGUAAAACACUGAUGAUGUUCAUUGUGUGCAUAAACCAACCAGCUCCCACUGUAAUAUUCAUGCUGUGAUGUCAAUUGUCAAAAUGAAAUGUUGGAAAUGUUAAAUGUUUGAUUUCACUGGACCAACGCAUACCUCAGUAGAGAACUUUGCACCGUGUUUUUUUUUUUUUUGGUAUUAUUUCGUUUCUUGUUUCUUGGUGAUGUAUUUGUACCAAAAAGGGGAGGCCCUCCUGUAAGAAAGUUUAAAAUUGGGUGAAAACUACUUAUCUGCUGGAUUUGUUUCUUUUUCAUAUCAGUGUUUUUUAUUUUAAAUGAAAAUGCGAAGCAGUAUCAAACUAUUGCAUGCUGUAAAUUGUAGUUUUGUAAGAGAGAAAACCAACUUAAUUUGUUUCAGUUAUUUCAGCAUUGAAGGAUUGUGUGUUUAUGUGCGUGUGUGUGUAAACUGUCAGUUAAACAGAGGCAACAUUGUGUUACAUCUACUCGCUCAUUGUACCAAAUAAUUUGAGGACAUAGUGUUUGGUUACAGAUGCUUUAAACUACAGAGCACCCGAGGACGGAAUUUUCAGUGCCUGUGUUUCUGUGCUGCUUGUCUGAGGACUUUGUUUUCAGGUGUAAAGGCUGCACUUCAUUGAGUGUAUCAGGAUGAUGCAAUCAGUUCACCUUGCUGCUGAGCAUCUGAGGACAUUUGCAAGUACUUUACUGCAUGUAGCACCUGAAGACUUUCUCUGAAGAAGAUAUUUCAAUUGCAUGGAAUGUCCGAGGACAUUUUCAUUUACAGAUGUCCAGAUUUGGGGUUAAGUUGUGAGCUAUGAACCAAGGACUGCAUUGUGGUUUGCAGACUUUUCUGUUAAGUGUUGUAAAAAAUAUAGCAAACUUGUAUCGACUCUCAAAGAGUUGCAUUCCAGUCUUGCAAGUUUGUGUUUUAAAUAGAGAGGAAGCAUUAAACAAUGCCCUUUUGACUUUGUGAUGUCAAUUGCAGAAUUCACAUCAUCGAGAAAGAGUGAAAGUAUCGUGCAUUUCUGUGAAACCAGACUAGGCAUUUAUAAAUAAAUCAGUUGAUCCUGGACAUGUGCAACACUUACACCGUGAUCUGUACUCCAAUUUCCCAUAAUUCAGACUCUCACGAGCAUGGCCAUUGCAUAAUCUUUGGCCACGAGAAGAGCAGUUGAAAAAGAUUCUGAGAAUCUACCACAGUGAUGUUUUCAAGUUGUUCUGUUUACAUAUGUGUUGCUGGAUAAUCUCAUCAUGUGUGUGUGCACACUGUGAAGUUCUUGGCAAAUGUAACCACAGUAUCUUUUCAUCUGAACUAAGACAAGCUUUGCCACUAACAUUCACAGAUCCUAAGUCCAGUUGGGAGCACAUCACAAGAUCUUUUUGGUUUAUUGUACUUACUCCUGGAGGAAAUACACGCACAUGCCAAGUUUUUCUGUGGGCCAGCAGAAUAUUGUUAACUAGCUGCACUUUGCUUUCUGAUUAAUACAAUAGUUGGAGGCAAUGGAUCAUCUCACAUUGCUGUAGUUUUUAUCAUCACACCAGAAUGAUGGAUAUUAAAUUUAACGCAUUCUGCCUUCAGGUUUGCAGUACUUUGGUUCCUCAAUGCUUUUCACCUAGCAAACAAUUCAAGCUUGUGCCAGAAGUUUUGAUUUGUAUCCAGAUCAGUUAAAUAAUAGUGUCCCCAAGUCAAAAGAAGCACCUUG